AUGAGUUAUCAAGGAGAAAGUCAAGGCAACCGACCACAAUAUAAUUCCUAUCGUGGCUCCUCCUACCGAGGUAAGUCAUAUCGUGGAGGUCGUGGUGGCUACCAUGCUACCAGAUAUCAGCACACAUAUGGCUACGAGGAAUCUGGGAGCCGUUAUGCCAGCUCUUCGGGUCCUCACCGUGGUAGCUAUCGAGGAGACUACUAUACUCCGCCGCUGCGUGGAAAUUACAGCAGUGUGAGCAGAGGAGGUUAUUCGGACUCUUCUCCGCGCUACGAAAAAGGCCAUCAAAGCUCUGGUUGGAGUACUCGUGGCUUGAACGUGGGGCAAGUAGACCGAGCCUCAGAAGACACUACCCAUUCGUCAACGUCUUCGGCGGCGAGCCCGAAAGUGAACACGGCUUUACCAAAGAUUCAUUCCACAGACUCUCCAAUUUAUCAUUUGACAGGUCUCCAUGACUAUGCCGAAGAUGAACAAGAAAGAUCGAUGAUCCGCGCUCUGCUUAGAGAAGAUGAAAAUAUAGAUGCUAGACUCGAAGAGCAGAAGCUUCAACUCUGUAAGAGCGAACUGGAGCUGGGAUUGCUGAGCACCCAGUCAGAAAAGGACGCUCUCAAUGUGCGAUUAACGCAGGAAAAUUUAGAUGCCCUUCUGCUCAUGCAAUAA